CGAACGCUCACUCACCACAAAGCCGAGAACCGGACUUGACAAAGUUAGUCGCGGGUCUGACUGCAGAUGUUUUGCAGGGGUCGACUGCUUUGUCGAGUUGCAUCUUGAGCACAAAGCUCGGCUUUUGUGGAGCCACUUUCGCCGUAGACCCCUGAAGUGUCUUGUUUUGAAACAGGAAGUGAACCGGAAGUGUUUCCAUCAACCAUUGCUUUUGUUUGUCACGUUAGCUUGUUGUUUCAACAUGCAGCAGCGGGAAGAGAAACAACUGGAAGCUUCGUUGGAGUCACUCAUCACGCAAGUGGCACAUGUGAAAAAUGCGCUUCACUCGUUCAUCCUCAAGCUGGAGUACGAGCGACUGACAUGGCCGUCAGUUCUGGACAACUUUGCUCUCCUCUCAGGGCAGCUGAACACCAUCAAUAAACUUCUCAAGAGCGAGAAGACGCCGUCGUUUCGCAACCAAGUCAUCAUCCCACUGCUGCUGUCUCAGGACCGUGAUGACGAUUUAGCAAAAUUAACUGAGCAGCGCGUCCCCGUCUUUAGCCACGAGAUUGUUCCAGACUACCUUCGCACCAAACCCGACCCCGAGGUGGAGGAGCAAGAGAAGCAGCUGAGUGUGGAGGCGGCUCGCAUUGGCCCAGAAGCAGCGCAGAAACAAAUCCAGGCUCUGAAUAAGUUGUGUUCCAAUUUGCUGGAGAAACUGAGCAACCCUCGUGACGACAGAGAUGCAGAAAGCACAGCCAUGAGACAAAACAAAGCCUCCUUCAGCCCAGCUGACACUAAUGAGCUGGUCGGAGCUGUCGCCUUUGGAAAGGGCCUCUCCAGAUGUCGGCCACCCGGGCCCGUGGCGCCGGGACAUCCAGGUCAAGGUCCCAUGAUGAGUGGGGGGCCCACCUUACAGCAGGUCACAAUCGGUGGUGGUGGGGCGGGCCAGCAGGGUGGACUGGGGGGACCUGUGCCCCCGCAGCAGCAAGGUCAGCCAGGAAAGAUGCCAGGCAGCAUCAAGACCAACAUCAAGUCGGCCUCAGCCUCCAUGCACCCCUACAGCAGAUGAGUCUCUGCCCACAUGUCAAUUCACAUCGUCUCCCUGGGCAACCACCAACAGCCACUUGUCACUUGCACAUGUGAUCCACUAGAUGGCAGCAUGUCAACAUGACUUCCCAUUAAAGCAUUUUUUUUUUAAUCAACGCUAACAUUUAGCAUCUAUUGUAUACAUUUUAACUUCGGGAGCAUUACAACUAUAACGUGUACUUAAUAUUUUAGGUGUGCCUGAUCAUUUGUCUGCAGAUUUACCUAAAGCUAAUAAUUUGGCCACACAUACCUAAUGUUUUGGGCCUGUACCUAAUAUUAAGGAUGUGCCUCAUUUGGUCAUAGCUAAUUUGGCCGUAGGUGUUUAGAAUAUUUUGGCUGAAUGUGCGCUAUAAACGACAGCGUGUGUGUGUGCGUGUCUUUGAGUAGGCAGGAAAAGUUGAUGCAGAGUGACAUCAGCAUCACCAUCACGUCAAAAAGUCUCAUGUUCCGCAGAGAUAAGUGUUCCUCUAUUCCAAAGUGCUAACAACCUUGAAGUCGCUUCAGGCGACAAAAAACACUCCUACACGAAAAUAUAUCUUACACAAACCAGCAUGGCAAACUUUGGAAUGAUUCACUUAUCGUGGGCGGAGGACAUCUUGUCAAACUUGACACUUGUCAACAAACUGCCAGCAGAAAAAAAUACAGUGGAUGACCACGCCCCCUUUAAACAUAUACGUUUGCGUCAUAAUUUACUAAUUGACAAUUGACCGACGUCAGUGAUCCUACACUAUUAGUAGCAUCUUCAAAUAUAACAUAACAUACUAUAAACCAUUCACAUAAUAAAAUGAAUGAAUGACCAAAUGCUAGACUUCUACGUCAGUCUGUGUUCCCUUUUAGCAUUACCAGGCUGCUCCGCACAGCCUUCGCUUUAGUGUUUUACAUCAUCAGUUUCGGAUCCACUCCUCGAAACCACAUCCAUUGCGGCAAAGUACAUUUUUACAAGUACCAUUACCAUCGAUUGAAGAAGCUGGACGGCUAACAACUGCACACUGAGGCAGUGAGAGGGCAGCAAGGCAGCCGUGCUAAGAGCUAAGCUAACAUCAUAAGAAGUAGCGGGCCAACGUAAAUGUCGUGUUUACUUCGAUGGUACACUUUAACAAUAAACUACUAAAUUAACUGUGAGAAUGUUGCAGACGAGAAAAAAACGUCAUCACGUCAGGCCGUAAAGCCAUUUCCUGCUUUAAAAAAUCUUAAUGCCAGUUUAACAAAGUGCACACAAAUGCAAUAUUUUUUUCUCUAGUCAUGAUAUGAAAAAAAAACACGUUUUCUAUAUGCUGCCAAAAAGUGCAGCAAUGAAAAUACAUGCAACAAGUAACAAAUCCAACAUUCCAUCUUGGACAAACAUUCACCAAUUCAGUGUUCAUAAUUCCACACGUGUUUACAUGAGUAAAAAAGUCUUUAUUGGGAUUGUUGUCUUUUUGAGCUCCUCUUGAGGCAGAAGAUGAUGGUCAUAGGGACCCCGCCCACGUAAAGAUCUCCUGGCAAUGGCAAGACUUGUCACAUUGUGAUGAAAAAAGCUACAUCUCAGAGAUGUCGUAAUGUAAUCCAAAAUAGCUUGUUUACAUGCAUGUGACCAACAUUCCCGACAUGUAAUGUCAACAGUGAGCUAUGACAGGAAGUUCCAAGGACAGGACAGAAAGUGGAAAAUAAAAUGUGUCAAUCAUUUAAGCCAAUCAAAUAAUGUUCUUUUGGAGCAGAGUUGCUAUGGAAACGUCCUCACGCCAGAAGAGAAAGAGUACAAAAUACCAAAAUAGUCCCAUCAGAUAUCAGUUGGACGUGUCUGAGUGGACACUUCCCGGUCCUUCUGUCGGCGAGGUCACUGAGGAUGGUGUGGCCGCGUCCUGCCAGCCGCCAUUGGUCUAAAAGAAGAAAACAUGAUUGGAUAAAAGUUUGAACCGUGUCCAUCAUCAUGAGCCAACUGCAUAGGUACUUCAUAUGAUGGCUUUUAAGAUGUAUGAAUUGCAUGCUUAUUGGAUGAAAAGCAUGUGUGCUGAUUUGUGUCAUGAGGGUGUGGCAUUCAAGGCAUUCAACACCAUAUAACAAGGUGUGCACUAAUUAUUACUAAUUAUUAGGCAGCUUCUUUGGUGCUGUUUUUCAAAUCAUACACUUCCAUAUUUCUGAAGUCUAUUGAGUGGAUACAGUAAGUGUGUUCACACUGACAAGUACCACAAAAUGCAGUGCACUGUCAGUACUCAGCACUCAAAACAGUCCAAACUGAUGUACUCAAACUUGCUUUAAAUGUAAUUAGUUGCAAGCUGCUAUCAUAAGAGAUAUGUCCUC